AUGCCAGCGAACAGCUGCCGCGCAGCGUCGACGAGGCCGGCGUGGCUGCAGCCGGCGAGGACGCCGAGGAAGGUCACGCCGUCAGGGCGGACUCCGGCGAGCCGCAUCUCGCGCAAGUACUCCAGGGAGUGCUCGCCGUGGCCGUGCAUGCCGAGCCCGACGAUGAGGGCGUUCCAGGUGAAGACGUUCUUCUCCGGGCUCCGCCGGAAGACGAUCACAGCGGCGUUUAUGCGUCCGCACUUGGCGUACAUGUCGACGAGGGCGGUGGUGAGGAAGACACCGCUGGGCCUCCCCCUGCGGCGGCGCUUCUCGAUGUAG